AAUUUGAACUCCAACAGUGCCGUCCAAUAACGGAGAAUGAGCAUAUAACGAUCAUAUCGACCGAGAACAGUUCAACAAUUUAUAUAACAGAUAUAGUAGCCGAUGAUAGUGGUAAAUAUACAGUCGAAGUUAUGAAUGAGCUAGGCACAGACAUGGCUGCAGCAUCUGUAGCGGUGUACUCAAAACCUGAUCCGCCAAGUGGCAAGCCUAGUAUUUCGUCUGGACCCGAUCGUAUUGCAGUUGCUUGGUGUGGUCCACCAUAUGAUGGUGGUUGCAUGAUAACAGGAUUUAUCAUUGAGAUGCAACAACUGUCGGCUGGACUUGAAAGCAAUUCAGCGACAGAAACUGAUUGGCAAGAAGUAGCAACAGUUGUCGACUCUCUAGCGUACACUGUUAAAAACCUGAAACCGCAAACAGCUUAUAGGUUUCGAGUGCGCGCAGAGAAUCUGUAUGGCCGCAGUGAACCGAGUUUACCAAGUGAUCGUGUUGAAUUAGCGGCAGAAGACUUGUCAGUGGAAGAAACAGAUUUCAAUCGGCCUAUCUGCGUUAAGUCUGGAGGUGAUUUUAAAAAUCGUUUUGAAAUACUCGAAGAAUUGGGAAAAGGGCGCUUUGGUAUAGUUUAUAAAGUACAAGAGAAAGAGGAACCACACCAGGUGCUUGCCGCUAAAAUUAUUAAAUGCAUUAAAUCCCGAGAUCGUGAGAAAGUGAAAGAAGAAAUUUCCAUAAUGAAUUCUCUCAAACAUCCAAAGCUCUUGCAAUUGGCUGCAUCGUUUGAAAGCGCAAGAGAAUUAGUUAUGGUGAUGGAAUAUAUAACUGGUGGUGAGCUUUUCGAACGUGUUGUAGCAGACGAUUUCACAUUGACUGAAUUAGAUUGUAUAUUAUUUUUGCGACAAAUUUGUGAGGGUGUGGAUUAUAUGCACAGCCAAUCCAUUGUACAUUUGGACUUGAAACCAGAAAAUAUUAUGUGCCAUACGCGUACAAGUCAUCAAAUAAAAAUAAUUGAUUUCGGCUUAGCCCAACGUUUAAAUGACACUUUGCCGGUGCGUGUAUUAUUUGGCACCCCAGAAUUCAUACCACCAGAAAUUAUAAGUUAUGAACCAAUCGGCUUUCAAUCGGACAUGUGGAGUGUUGGCGUUAUUUGCUAUGUACUUUUAUCAGGGCUCUCACCUUUUAUGGGUGAUUCUGAUGUCGAAACAUUUGCCAACAUUACACGCGCUGAUUAUGAUUUCGAUGACGAAGCGUUUGAUUGUAUAUCACAAGAAGCUAAAGAUUUUAUAGGUAGUUUACUAAUACAUCGUAAAGAGCGACGACUUACUGCUAAGGAGUGUUUGAAAUCAAAAUGGUUAACUCAAGGACAUGAUGAAAAUCUGAGUAACAAUAAAAUUUGUACUGACAAACUAAAGAAAUUUAUUAUAAGACGCAAGUGGCAAAAAACUGGCAACGCAAUUAGAGCUUUAGGCCGCAUGGCUACAUUAUCUGCUUCACGCCGUAAUUCCGCUGUUUCCAAUUCCUUACCCACCAGUCCCAGACCCUCAGUGUCGGGUACAUCUAUUUUCAAUCCAAAUUUACCUGUACAAAUGAGUUCGUUGCAUGAGGAGGAUGACGAUUUCAGUAUAGAGUUACCAACUCUGGAUGCGCAACGCAGAAUGCAGCAAUCAUUGAAAGUGCGUGACAAAUCUUAUUGCAGUGAACGCAGUGAUUCCGGUUAUAGCGAAUGCUCCACAUGCAGUGGUGGUCCAUGUCACUGUAUACACGCGACCAAAGACUCUGAACGCGAUGGUUCAGAAACAGUAAGAGACGAAAGCAUAGUAUUGUCAAUUGCUGUACCACAUGAUGUACUUAAAUCGAAGCUAGAACUUAUUGUCAAGCAUUCUGAUGCGAUAAUCAGUAGCGAAGGAAUAAAAGAUAAGAUGCUUAUUACAGGAAAACAAUAUAAACAUGAUAUCGGAAUCAAUGAAAAUCGUGAACAGCAAGUAGAAAUACAGUUCGCUUCCUCAGGGGAAUUAACGACUGGUACAACAGUAACUACAACAACGAAGGAACCGAUAAUGCGUUCCGACUUUACAAACACAAUAAAAAUGCGCAAAAAGUCUCUUGAAAAUAGUGUAAUACGAGAAAAAGUCAAACAACCGAAAGCCGUACUAGAAACUUCUGGAAAGGUUUCUAUGUUAAAAACCAAAUUUAGCUGUCCUGCAAAUAAUAGUUUAACAGUGAGUCACGCCGCUAGCAUUAACAGAAGUUACAAGAGCAAAGAUUGCAUGGAUUUAGCAAAGAAUAAAAAUGUUUUGAAUCGUUUUGCCUGCAAUAAUAAAACAAAUGGCACACCACAACUUAUUCAAAAAUCCGAGCCAGCACAGUCUAUUUCCAUGCCAAACUCACCAUUACCAACGCGCGCAAAUGCGUCAAUCCGGUUAAGUCCCCGGGUUAGAGAGGCUACAGAACGUCUUUCACAACAGCAAACUAUUUCUAGUUCGAUACGUAGAAACUCUCCAGAAAGAUUAGAAAAUAGAAAUGGCAUAACGUCCGCGCAGCACAGCACUAGGCACAUACUUACCUUCAAAAAAUCAUAAAUUAUGUUUUUUAAAUGUUAAAAAUUUUGUUAAGAUUUUUAUUUUAAGCGUCUCUGUUUGUUCUUGUUUUUAUAUUUAAUUUGUAUUUAAUAAGCAUUUUACUCAUUCAAUAACCCACAAUAAAACGAAAACUCGAAUGAAUAUUACACAUAUAUAUAUACAUAUUAAGCAUUAUUACAUAAAUUUAAUGUUUAUUUAUAUAUUUAUAUACACG